GAGACCUAGACACCAUGGCCGGCAGCGAUACCUUCAGCAAGUACAAGGCCCUCGUCUUCGACUGUUACGGCACCUUGAUCGACUGGGAGACGGGUAUCUACAACGGCCUCAGGCCGCUCUUCGAAAAGAGCGGCAAGCCCGCCGACCGCCGCAGCAUCAUCCUCGCCUUCUCGUCCGUUGAGAGCGAUCUCCAAGCGCGACACCCCACGAUGCUCUACUCUGACCUCCUCGCCAACGUCUACGCCACGCUCGACGCGCGCCUGCACGACCAGGAGCCCGAGACGCAGGCUGCCGGGCCCGAGCACGCGACCGUCCUCUCCUCCGCGCACCGCGCGACGGGGACGACGCCUGUCGCGACGGCGUCGGUCGGCACGUCCUCGACUGCAGCGCAGGGAGGAACGACGGGCGCGGCCGAGGCGUUCGCGCGGAGCGUCGAGACGUGGCCGCCGUUCCCGGACACGGUCGCCGCGCUCGCGGCGCUGUCCAAGCGCUUCAGGCUCGUCAUCCUCUCGAACAUCGACCGCGCCACGAUCGCGAAGACGCGCGCGCUGCUCGAGGGCCCCGGGGGGUUCGCGUUCGACGCGGUCAUCACCGCCGAGGAGGUCGGGGCGUACAAGCCUGCCCCGGAGAUGCUCGAUGCCGCGCUGGCGAGGCUGCAGAAGGAGUUUGGGAUCGAGCAGGACGAGGUGCUCAUGACGGCCCAGAGCGUGUUCCAUGAUAUCGUGCCGGCGAAGGGGAGAGGCUUGGCGACGGCGUGGAUCAACAGAGAGGGGGCACACACCAGGAUGGAGGGCGUGGAGGGCGACGAGGCGACGUUCGUGUUCCCGACGUUGGGUGCGAUGGCGGAGGCGGUGGAGAAGGCGAGUGCAUAGCGUCUCGAGGGAUAACGCAAGCCUCUACUGUUGUAAACGAAUAGUACACUAGUGGCUGAACAAUGUGCACUAUCUGGAAAAUC